GAGCUGCUCUACCAUUUUGUAUCGCUGUUGUCUCGGUUAAGAAGCUUUACGUCGUUGGAGUAGAAGCAACUAUAGUCAUGUUCACUUUAUUUUAAAUUUCCUCAUGCGUUUGAAAUGAAUUAACGUUUGUUUUCUCUGUUUAGGGAGUAGUAUUCUAGGUCGACUGACGUUUUUUUUUUGUAAAUAACAGGACCAGGUUGACUCCGAGUUGGACUUACGGUAGAGGAGCUAACAGGCCAGCUAGUUUUCUUUAGCCUGUUAGCUAACCGUCCUGGGCCUUAGCGUUCCCUAGCCUGAAAACAGUGAAAUGGCGGCCAACACGGCACAAGCAACUCCUACAACAAACUGGCCUUAUGGCUCUUCUGGAGAUGGCAAUGCUCAUGAAAAUCCAGAGUGGGAGAAAGCAAGGCAGGCGCUUGCAAGCAUCAAUAAAAAUCAGACUUCAAAGACUACACAAGAUAACAGGGCCACAGCAGAGUCUGGUCAAUUUCAGCCAGCGGUAACGGACUCUGCAGCCAUGCAGCAGCAGCAGUACUAUUCAUGGUACCAGCAAACUCAGCAGCAUUAUCCUGGUUACAGCUAUCCAUACAACUACUACUACCCCACGGGACCUUAUGGAGCUGCAUAUCCACCAAAUCAGUAUGGUGUACCUCCAGGGCCAUACCCAGGAACUCCCACUUCCAGCCAGCCUCCCCCAGUACCUGGAAUGGAAGAUCAGACCCCCAGCUACACUUCUCAACCACAGCCUCCCCCACCUGCUACUCCACAGCCACCCCAGAGCCCAACCAUCGCUGACAAACCCCCUCCUCCCCCACCUCCAUCUAUUCCUCCUCCACCCAAUUCCCAGUACCCCCCACCUGCUUCACAAAAUUCUUACAGUGCCAACACUACCAUGACAUACUCAACCACUGACCCUAACCAAAUGCAAGCCUACAAUCAUUCUCAGGGAAGGCCAAACUACAACCAGAAUUUCCAAGUCCAGAACAACUACCAGCCCACUCAGAAUAACUCCCAGCAACAACAGCUACAGAAUCAGUACGCACCAGGGCUGGGCAGAGGCGAGGCUAACAAAAACCAGAAACAAGGGCAACAGCUGUGGCACCGCAUGAAACAGGCACCAGGGACUUCUGUAAAGUUUAAUAUUCCCAAGAGGCCCUACCAGGUUCAGUGUCCUCCAGUUUCCAACCAGACUUUCCAACCAGGCGAGCAGAAUCAGACACCUUCCUCUCCAGGUACUCCCAGUGCUGCUCCUGGAGGUGCUCAAACACGGCCCCAGGAUUGGCCCCAAGCCAUGAAGGAAUAUGUGCAGCGCUGUUUUACAGCCUGUGAGACGGAGGAAGACAAAGAUCGUACAGAGAAGGUGCUUAAGGAAGUUCUACAGGAAAGGCUAAAGGAUGGUUCUGCCUACACCAUUGAUUGGACUCGUGAGCCAUUACCAGAAUUAAAGGUGAAGCAGUCUCGUUGGGAAACUGUUCCUCUCCAGAGAACAUCAGAUAAUUCAUUUAGUCGUGGUGGAAGUACCACAGCUGCUGCUUCAAGAGGCAGGGGUAUUGGGCACAGACUGGGCCACUACAGGAAUGUUUUCUCUCAGAGGAGCCAAUCCUCUAGUUCAUCACGAUCAUCAUCACGCUCACCAUCACCGUCGCACAGCCGACACAGAGACCGCAGCAACCAAAGGCACAGGCGCAGUGAUUCUGGCUCUCAGUCAGACAGCAGCAUCUCCAGUGACCUGCAGCCUCAGCUGUCAAGACGAGGUCAGAAAGGAGGACGUGGUCGUGGCAGUGAUAGAGACAGGGGACGUGGGGGAGGACGAGGAAGAGGAGGCAAAGCCAGCAGAGGACGGCGAAACCUGGAUGAUCCAAAUGCAACUGUUGGAAAGAAAAGGAAAGGAGGCAAUGCUGGGUUAGAUUUUCAUGACCCUAACAGGGAAGCAAAGAAGCAAAGCAGAGCAGCUCGUUUCCACAAACAGCUUCGCUCAGAGCCGCUGGUUCUGUCCAUCGGUGCUCUGGACCUACCUGAUGGAAGUCAGGAGAGCCUUAGCUGGGAGGACUGUCCCAUUGUGGGGUCCUGUCAGGACAUCACAAAGUCCUAUCUGAGGCUCACCUGCGCCCCCGACCCUUCUACUGUGCGCCCCGUACAGGUGCUCAGAAAAUCUCUGCAGGCUGUAAAGGCCCACUGGAAAACCCACCAGGACUACGCCUAUGCAUGUGAGCAGAUGAAGUCCAUACGUCAGGACCUCACGGUCCAAGGAGUUCGUACUGACUUCACAGUGGAAGUGUACGAGUGUCACGCACGUAUUGCCCUGGAAAAAGGUGACCAUGAGGAGUUCAACCAGUGCCAGACGCAGCUGAAGGCUCUCUACAAGGACAACCCUUCAGAAAAUAUUGGAGAAUUCACAGCUUAUAGAUUGCUGUAUUACAUUUUUACUAAAAACUCUGGAGAUCUGACCACUGAAUUGGCUUAUUUGACCCCAGCGCUGCGGGAAGAUGCGUGUGUGGCUCACGCUCUCUCACUCCGCGCUGCCUGGGCGUUGGGAAACUAUUAUCGUUUCUUUAAGCUCUACCAGGAAGCCCCGCGCAUGGCUUCAUAUCUCAUUGACAAGUUUGUAGAAAGAGAACGAAAGGUUGCUCUUCGGGCCAUAGUCAAAACAUUCAGGCCUGAUCUGCCAGUGCAAUAUGUGCAGAAAGCUCUGGGUUUCUCCUGUUUAGACUCGUGUAUGACCUUUUUAACUAGUCUAGGUGUCACCUUCACCCCCUCUGACCCAGAGAAAAUAGACUGCAAAACCAGCACAGUCCUUUUAGCUGCUUCCUGAGUCGACUGGGUGGGCGGGAUGAAGGGAGAAUCCUAGUGGCGUCGCAGAUCCUUGAUCAUUCAAUGCACCUCAGACACCCCACAGUCGAGGCAGGCAACACCUAUAAGACCCACGUCUGUUAGUACAUUCUGUAAUCUGACCUACAGAAGUAUCUGAUUUAAGAACAGAGGAGAACAUCUGCACACAUUACAUUUGAUCCAUCUCACUGAGCUUCUGAUGUGCACAAAGAGCAGGGGUAGAAUAGGUUUGGGAUUAUGAAAUCUCAGUUCCAAGGAGUCAGAACCAGAUCAGGGAGGUUCCUUUCCCCUUCCCCCAAAACAGAUGCUAGCGUUAACAGUGUUCUGUUAUGUUUCUUUCCUUCUUCAAGUCAGCAGCCUGAAGAUUCAAGUCUCGUCAGUCGAAAGGAAAGUCUAACAGCUCCUCGUCAAGUCUGUCUGCCGACUCUUCACUUUUUGGAGUAGAGUAUAGAGAAUUGCAUCACUUUCCUCUUAAAGACUGUGAGAAGAUGCCAGGAGUUUGAAAGAAGAGGUGGUGGUUUGUAUGGACUGGAACCUAAAGUCUCAUUCCUCGUGUAGCUGUAUUCAUUUACUCAUCAGAUAGAAUCGGGCUCUCCGGCACUGGAAGAAUUCUCAACGUGGUGGAGAUUGACUGUUUUUCAAAAGUUUACCAGGAGUCUGGAGCUUCGCCCUCUAGAACAACGUAGUUCAUUUCUGCUGCCGUCAGCCUCAGGUAGAGGUUCCUGCCAGCAGCUGGAGUCCUUUCUGCUUCCUUACGGACCCUAGCUGCUGUUCCUUGAAACGGAAGCUGCAAAUCCUGCAUGGAGAGAAAACGUGCUUCAUCAGGGAGGAGUACCAACUGGUUUGUAUGCUACGUCUGCCACCGUCUGGUAAGAAAAAGACUUUUGGGAGAAGAGAUGGAUGAUGGCGUGACGAGAGAUGGCACCUACAUUUCUUCUGUUACAUGUUGUUUGAUGUGCGUUUUUUUUUUUCCCCCUCAUUUGGCUUUUAUUUUUUUACUUUGAGACAAAGAUAAUGGCUUUUCUGGUUGAAAACGGCAAAAAUAAUUCUGGAUCUGAAAACAGGGUUUAAAUAAAAUGUACAGUUCAAAUAUAUAUAUUUUUCAUGGCAAUUUGACAAUAUUCUAAAAAGCCCAAGUUAAGUUUCCUGAUUAUUGUAUUUUAAUUGCAAAGGUGCACUCAAGUCAGUUCAGAAAGUAUUUCAAUCAAAAAGUUACAGACUGAUAUGAACUGUAGUAUAAUUAAAAAUAUAUGUAAAUUGAGAGUAGAUUGUGGCUUUUAUCAGUUUUACUUGCAGCCAUGAAAUCUGUAAAAGCUAUUUGAAGUAUAGAAACUUGAUUCUAAAGAGGAAAAACUUCCUAAUUGGCCGUCAAGCUUUCUGAGAUCUGAUCGCAGAUGUUUACUGCUGGUUGUGUGUAGACGUCAGGAUGACAACCCUCAUCCAAAUGUUCUCAACGUGUGCUGCCUGUGGAAGUAUCCUCUCAAACCUUUGUGCUCAUAUUAAAAGCAAAGGGUCCCCAGGCGUUGGCAGGUUUACUAAAUAGUAUUUUUUGCAGUUGCAGAAAUUAAGUUUGUAUUUAAGACAUUUGGAGCAACUGUUCACUUUAAAAAAAAUCCUGUAAAUGAUGUAUCAUAGUAGUUUUUUGGGUGCGUAGCUUUUUUUGAAUGGGUAAGUGAGGAUUUCUUUCUAGAUUUUUCCAACUCAUUAAUGUGAAUCAGAUGCAGUUUGAUGUGACCACAGCUCAGGCUGUCGCAUCAAUUUUUAGUGAGACGUCAAACUCGGAUGUUGUGAUCUUGGGGGGUAACGAUGUAAAUAAAUGUCUGUGUGUCACUUGGUCCACCAUGUGGGGUAAACGCAUCAAAAUGGUGUCGAAUCUACAAACUGCUUCUUGUAUUCUCAGAUCAGGAAGUUGUCAAAUUGUUCCUCUUUAAGCAUUUGAACAUUUUGUCUUGAAAUGAUUUCAACAUGUCCUCUCUUUCCCUCCCCUCUUCAUUUUACCCUGUCCUCCGCUGCUCCCCAAACCUCCCCCCUCCCCAAACCUCCCCCCUGAGCAUCUUCACCACGCCUCGAUCUUCAGCUCAUUGCACUGCUGCACUGCAGGAGCACUCGGAGUGAAAAGUGGGUGCACCUCCUCCCCGAUGGCUGCCGGAGAGGCUGACCUGUGAGCGAGCCUCACGCUGAAGUCUCAGCUGGUCAAACACGGGAGUUCCGCAGAAUGAAACGUGUAACCAUGGUCGUUUGCUGCUGCAUCAAAUAUUCAACGUGUGCUCGCUGAUCCACCGUUUUCUGAUGGUUUCUGUUUGUCCAGGCGCAUUUUCUCUGUAACGUUUCAGACCGCAUCAGGCUUUUAUUUAGUUAAAACUUUUUUUUUUUUUUUUUGUUUUUUUCAUUUGUUAGAAAACAUCUUGUUUGACAGAAUUCUGCAGUGGGAAAAUAAUUCCUCAUUUUGAAAAAGUGUCUGGACAUCCAGAACAAAGUCCUCUAUUCGGUCAAUUCAAGUAUUCAGUGUUUAGGUUGGAUUGUAACGAGUUUAACUUCUGAUACACGAUCUUUAUUCAUGGUCAAAUAGUGUAUUUGUGCACUCUUACACCCAGAAAAGUUUCUGUUGUUUUGUUUUUCUUUUCUUAAUGGAGAAUUCACCCAUAGAAAACUAACCACUCGAUGAUUUUUUUCCUCCAGUGCCCGACAGGUUCCUGUAUUUUUAUUUUUUGUUUGCUCCCGUGUAACUGUACUUCAUUAGUCUGUGUACUCUCCCCUCGAUACUUGACACUGAACGAUUUUCCAUUUUUCUCCCUUGUUUUUUUUUUUCCUGCCAUUUUUAUCACUUGUUUGGACCAGUUCUUUGUUCUCACUUUCUCUUAUUCCCUUCUUC